AUGGGCUCCGACCGCGACCGCGAAGAGCGCAAACGGCGCCACCGCGACGACGAUACAGAAAGAGACCACAGAAAGUCUCUCAGACGGGACACAGACCGCGACAGACCCUCUCACCGCGACCGCGAUCGUCGACGCUCGCGCACACCAGAAUCCUCCUCCUCCCGUCGCGACCGUGGCAGCGACAGGCACAGGCACAGGCAUAGACACCGUGAGGAUCGCAGCCCCCGUCGCAGCCGAGGCGACGAGCCAAAGCGCAUCGAACCCCUCAAGCGCUCCGGUCCCCUGCCGUCCCAAGAGGACUCAUUCGCCGUCACCAACGGCGACGAACCCGAGAAACCCAAGGAGAAACCCAACUUCAAAUCCUCCGGCCUCCUCGCUGCCGCAUCCAACUCCAUCCAGCAGGCGGACGGCACGAACAUUGCCCUAAAGUACCACGAGCCGGCCGAGGCCAGGAAGCCCCCGCCCAAGGACCAGUGGAAGCUGUUCAUCUUCAAGGGCGGCGACGUCGUGGACACGGCCGACCUAGCGCUGCGCAGCUGCUGGCUCAUCGGCCGCGACGCCGCCGUUGUCGAUUUGCAGGCUGACCACCCCAGUCUGAGCAAGCAGCAUGCCGUUAUCCAGUUCCGGUACACGGAAAAGCGCAACGAGUUUGGCGACAAGGUCGGUAGGGUGAAGCCCUAUAUCAUUGACCUCGAGAGCGCCAAUGGGACCAUGGUCAACGGCGAGAAGAUUCCCGAGGGUCGGUACCUGGAGCUGCGCAACAAGGAUGUCGUCAUGUUUGGGCACAGCACGCGCGAGUACGUGUUGAUGCUGCCGCCGAAAUGA